AUGAUUGAAACGGAGAUAGGUCACGAUGAGGCACACCAGGAUCGCCAUGAAGAACAUCACCAUGAGGACAAGGAUCAAUGUGGGAAGACACUUGAGCACGACGAAGACCAUCAUCAUUACAGCGAAUACCAUCUCACCGAAUCACAAUCGUCGCACAGUCACCAUCAUGAAAUUGAGGACGAGCAGCUCACCUUUGAUAGUGUGGAACAUGCCCAAGAGAAGGAGCACGAAUCUUCUAUUGACCAUGAGCCCGACUCAUCUGUCAACGAGCUUGAACAGAAGACUGCAAGCGAAGGAGUGAAGGAGUCAUUGAUAGCGCCGUUCCGCACUCCAGUUCACGACGCUCUGAUCGAACAGUUCAAGAGUCUUCGUAAGCAUGAAAGUGAUCAUGAGCAGUUCACCUUUGAUGAUGUGGAACAAGUUCAUGAGGAGGAUGACAAAUCCACCCUUCAACAUGAUUCCGAGUUACCUGUCGAGGAGCCCGACUACGAGGGCGAUGAUGAGUAUUUCGCCUUCGAUAAGGCAAAGCGUGUUGAUGAGAAGGAGGACAAAUCCCGCCUCCAAAGUGAUCCCGACAUACCCAUCAAUGAACUCGAAUACGAGGAACAGCACAACCUGGAGCAUCGCGGGUCGGAGUCAUCUCACGAGCAACGUAUGACCACCAUGACUAGCACUACCAAUGAGUUCUACGACCAGUCCGCAGUUGCUGCGGAGACGCCUAGCCAUGAUGAUACAAGCGAGCAUGAUAAUGAUAACUCUCUCUACAUGCGUUCGAUGUUCGAAAAGGAUCAGCAUUAUCACCCUGACUCGGCUCUCCCGAUCGCCACGCAACGUCGCCGUGGUACCAAUGAGCAAGUUGAAAUUCGAACUCAAAUGCAUUCGUCAAGCCAUUCGACUUUGGUUCGUAGUUACCAAAGGCCAAACGAAGACAUUCCACCAGACACAGGAGUAACGAAGUAUAGCCUGUGCUCACUGGGACGUGUCGAAGAACUUCAAGCCACCUCCGUGAUGAGAUGGCUUUUAGCUCAGGCUCGAGGCGAACAA